AGCAGUUAAUCGAUAUACAAUUGCAUAUCGCUACUGCACUGACAUCAUUCCGUUUAACAAGUGAAAUUUGCCAAUAAAAAUAAACUGCAGCAAUGGAAGCACUGGACAUAUUGGAAAAGAGAAUAGAUGCACUGAAUCGCGUACUUGGUCCCGUACCGGAAGCGCAUGUAGAGCAUACGGAGGGCAGCAUGAAUAUUGUAGAAUCGCUGUGCUCUGCUAAUGCUUUGUUAAGUGAAGCCACCACAGGACGCACACAGCUGACGCAGUGUGUGGGUCGCGCUGCAGAGCUGGAAAAGUAUUUGGAUCCCAAUUUUCUGGAGGAGCAGCAACAAGUGCGCUCUAAAGAAGUUUACCUCAAUGCAGUGGCGCCAGAGCUGCAUGUACAAAGCGAACAACUGGAGCGCAUCAAACAGCUGGAGCCGGCGCUAGGCGCUGAAUACUUUCGCAGCAUACCCAGCGAGUGUCUGGACAAGCUAAAGCAAAUCACCGAGAACAAUGGAGAGUACGCACAGCAGAGCGAACUGAUUGAAGAGAGUCUGAUAUUGGCAAUGAAGCGCUAUGGAGAGAUACAAGCGGGUCUGCUGACCUCACUAGACGCAAUGAGCGCACGCUUGGAUCAGGUGGAGCAGCGCAUGGAUCAAAAGAAGCGCAGCGACUUGACUAAAGAUGUGCCGCUGGAGGGUUAACUUAAUAUAUAUGCUGAAAGAGUAUUUAUGAUAUAGAAAUCUGUUCCACUGUAUGCCUAUAAGUUUUUUUUAUUUAAUACGCCUAGCUCAAUACACGAAUCUAAAAACUAAAAAGCUUAAACGAACAUUUAAAACUAAGAAAGAGAAGAGCACUGGCUACUAAAUGCAGUAAG